AUGGAUCCCGAUAACAAGAACGAUGAACCUGAGUCAUCCAAUUCCGAUAAACUCACCAAAAAUCUGCACCCAGCCUACUCAGUAAUAAACGUGCAGUCCAAGAUACGUACCUUUGAUGGCGUUAAGGUUACGAAUACUUCCUGGGUUAAACUUUUCCGACUCCAUGCUGUGGUAUAUCAGGUCUUCGAUCACAUCGACGGAUCCGAACCCCCACCAAAAACCGCUGCCGAAUACCAAUCAUGGAAAGAACUGGAUGCUCUCGUUCUCCAAUGGAUUUAUAGCACCGUGUCUGACGAUCUCCUGCCACGGGUUCUUGAAAGCGGCCCUAUAGGUCACCAUGCGUGGGUGAAGCUCGAAAAAAUAUACCUGAGCAACAAGAAAGCUCGGGUCGGGGCGCUUGAAACCAAGUUUUGCAACCUCACCUUGUCCGCCUGCUCGUCUUUGGAUGACUACUGUCAGCGCCUCAAAGAUCUCGCAAACCAGCUCGAGGACGUGGACCAUCGGGUUACUGAAGAACGUCUGGUACUUCAACUUGUUCAGGGGCUGCAUGCAGAAUAUGACACGACUGCCUCUCUUAUUAACGCCAAUAAUGCAGAUUGGGAUCUUGCUAGGAGCAUGUUGGAGAUUGAAGUUAUUCGACAAGAAGCCCGCCAAAAGACCACCCAGUCCGUCCAUGUUGCAACAUCUCAAAACCAAACCUCCCUGUAA